AUGUCAGACGAAAAAACUCAAUUAAUCGAAGCUUUCUAUAAUUUUGAUGGUGAUUACGAUGGUUUUGUUAGUGUAGAAGAAUUUAGAGGUAUUCUUAGAGACGGUUUACCAAUGACUGAAGCAGAAAUUAGCGAAUUUUUUGAAGCAGCUGAUCCAAACAAUACAGGUUUCAUUGAUUAUAAAGCUUUCGCUGCAAUGUUAUACUCUGUUGAUGAAUCUUAA